CGCGUUAGCACUAGAUAGUGCGCCCCUAUACGACACACAAACUCAUAUAUGAGGACGAACAUUAACAAAGACGGCGUUCAAAGCUUCCAAAUUCUCUUCAGAUGCCACGUUGAGUCUGACAUCAUGGCAGCUCCGAAUGCUUAAAAGAGACGGAGAAACACACAAGAGGAAAAACACUUCACAGUGUGCACUGAUAAGGACUUACUGAGCUCCUCUUCUUCCCUGGUCAGGCAGCAGCAGUCACAUGACAGCAGGCUGAGAGAAAGCGCUUCAUUCGCCAUAGCUGCGUUUUGUGCCAUAACGCGUUUUUAUCGCAACAUUUUACUCCCACUCGGUGAGUACGUUUCCAGGCCUUUUUGUCACCCUUUUUGUCUUUUCAAUUGCUCCUUUUUAUUUUUUUGCGCUGGGGUUUGAACGGUGAUAUUGAGAAGUGUUUGUUUUUAGGCGUUUUUGCAUCCGUGCAUCAAGUUUUCGGUUUGCGGUGAUUUCUAUCGGGCAAAUACGCGCUUGCAUUGGUGUCACAUCGCGCAACUGGUUUUUAAAAAAGCCAUUUUUACGUAUGUUCAAUGAUAGUGGGUUUUUACACCUUUUUCUUUUUGGUUUUCUUUUGCUGUAGAUAUGCUUUGCUUGUCUUUUGCGGUGUUUGUUCGUGAGAGUUUUGUGAUUUUCAGCGAAGCAUUUGCUUUUAUUCUGGUGCGUCUUUUCUUAACCCAAAAGUCAUUUUCAGACCUUUUAAUGCCAAACUUUUCUUGAUGCUUACCGAUGGCGUUUGUAUGUUUUUGGUUUUUCUUUCCUUUUUAAAAUGCCUUUUACUUUUGCUGAUGAUUUUAAGGUGAAGUGAUUUUUGGAUGGUAUCGUUUUUCACGUAGAUGAUGCAGAUUGAGGUUUCGGUGAAGGGAAUAAUUGUUUCUUUGCGGGAAAUAUCAAUGCGUCUUUUGCUUGCCACGAAGACGAACAGACGAUCCUUCCUUGCAGACAUGUGGUCAAACCCGGCAAGUAUUGAGAAUAGCUCUGCAACGGCGAGGCUGAUUGAGAAUCCCACAAACCCCUGCGUGGGCCAGCGAGCCAUCAGCUGGCAGACGCUGGAAGGAGAUCUCCAGCGAACGCUCGGCACAGGAGAUUUAUCCGAUAAGAGGAGAAAAAUGACGGGAAAGAGUCAGACCAGCAAUGUCACCAACAAGAACGACCCGCGCUCCCUCAACUCCCGGGUCUUUAUCGGUAACCUCAACACGGCCAUCGUGAAGAAGGCCGACAUCGAGGUCAUCUUCGCCAAGUACGGCAAGAUCGUGGGCUGUUCGGUGCACAAGGGUUAUGCUUUUGUCCAGUACAUAAGCGAACGGAACGCCCGGGCGGCCGUGGCCGGCGAGUACGCAAGGAUCAUCGCAGGACAACCGCUCGAUAUCAACAUGGCUGGAGAGCCCAAACCCUACAGGCCAAAAGCAGGAUCCAAAAGACCCCUCACUGCAGUUUACAGCGGUUAUGAAUUUGAUUACGAUUACUACAGGGACGAUUUUUACAAUCGGCUGUUUGACUAUCAUGGACGGGUGGCCCCUCCUCCGAGGGCCGUGAUCCCUCUGAAGCGCUCGCGGGUGGUCCUUCCAUCCACUCGACGAGGGAAGACUUCCUUCCCCAUUAAAACCUCCUCUUCCUCUUCUUCGAGACCACCAUCGUCGUCGUCGUCGUCCUUCUCCUCUGGGCUGAAAAUUAAGUCUGACCAACUCCAGACCAUCAAACGUGAACUGACUCAAAUCAAGAUAAAAAUCGACUCUCUUCUGGGCCGCCUGGAGAAGAUCGAGAAACAGCAAAGAGCCGAGUGCGAAACUCAUAAGAAAUAUGAGGAUAACUGCGACUCUCUGCAUGAGGAGUCGAUAUCAGAAACGGCAGAGAACUCCGGAGAAGAGGGACCCUUAGAAGUGGAGGCGGGUGAGAUGACCGAUGGAGGCGAGGAAGACUAUGACGAAGAGGGCAGCACUGAUCUGAUGGAAAAUCACGUGUCUGAUAUUGACAACUGAAGACGUCUCCAUCCAGAGAGAAAAUCGACUCGGCUUUGAACAGAAGACAUCAAUCUCUGAGAAGACCGACAUCUCUCAAAGAGGCUGUGAACUCUCUCUUUCGAUUGGCUGUGAUUGGAGGAACAUCAAAUAUUUGGACAUUAUUUACCAUCCGCUGGUCACUAUUGCUGUCAUAUGAUAACAAGUCACAUUCAAUUGUGUUUUGAUUUACAGGCAUCCUUUAAACAUUUCAAAAGAUCAUCAUACAAAGGAUUUGACCUCAUUUUCUUUGAGAACAAAUAAAACUUGGGGACCUGACUUUCAGUGAUUCAUUUACAGUGCAACUAUCUGCGUGUGGAAAAUGAGCCUUAAGUGUCCGAAAAUGUAAGUUGUCAUUUUUGAAACCCUCUGUAUUAACAGGGAAAAUGUUAAAAGAGUUUUAAAACAUGAUAAAAUAUGUCUGUAUUGAGGUCUAAUAAGUAUGUUUCAUGAGGCUGUCAGCCAAACCUUUUUGUAUCAGCUUUUGUUUUACUUCUGCAGUCUUAAACACGUCAUAGCCAGUUUAUGUUUUCUGAAAGUAUGUGAAGUUUUGUGUUUUGUGGUAUUCAUUCAAAAUAUUUUAAAAAAAGAACUGUAAAGAGUUUAACUAUACUGCCACGCAUUUUAUCAGACCCCUGAUACGCAAACUGUAACAUUAGGAUGAAUGAAACGUUGUCAGAUCCCUGCAACAUUAAAGAUUGAUUUUGUCUCAACGUGUCAUAAUUUGUAAAGAUGAUGUUGUACUACACUUUCAUUUUGUAUUGUUUUAUUCAUGAAUAGCUGUGUAUCUUCACAUGUUGUAGCUGCACUGUUUCUGUCCAGUAGCUCAAUGGCUGGACUUUCAGACGACGUUCUCAUUGCGUUUAGAGUGUGUCAUAAUGAACUCUCUAUUUUUGUAUGGCAAAUUUACAGAAAAAGCUUCAUAACCUUAAUAUUUGUUUUGCUGGCAUUCUCAUACUGCUAUUGUACAUAAUGUGUUUGUUUAAAUGAAGAUUGUGGGAUGUUUGUGUAAACAGACCGGCGAGAAAAAUGUUUUCUUUUAUAUUUUAAAAUCACGUUCGAGAGGAAAAAAUAUACGGUUCUGUACGUUUUGGGUGAAUACUAUCAAAACUGCUCUGCUGAGAAGUCCCAGUUCUAUAACUUCAUAUUGUAUAGAAAUGUAAACUAUUUGUAAAGAUAUUUUUAUGAUUAGCAUGUUUGUUAUUUUAAUGUAUUUUCAGUUGUUUCAUUUGUGGUCUGGCUAUAGGCUUCACGAUAGAGGAAAGUCAUUACAAUCACAAUAUAAAACGGACAAA